AUGAGUCAGUCCGGCGCUCGCAGAGCCUACCAAUCUGGUAGCCAGGGCGGCGGCUCCACCAUCAACCAGAAAGCUGCCCUUGCCUCCGCCUAUCAGGAGCUUGGAAAGGAGCUCGCUUCCAGCAAGCUCAAGAUGGUUGGUAACUACACCUUGCAGCGUCCAAUCGGCGAAGGCACCUACGGCAAAGUGCGACUCGGCCUUCAUCGCCUCACCAACACUCGCGUAGCCAUAAAACAGAUACCCAAGGCCCAUUCCGCCAGCCUCACUCGCGAGAUUCACCAUCAUCGCCGUCUCCACCACCCCAACGUCAUGCAGCUUUACGAAGUCAUCGCUACUGAGCAGUACAUCUGGAUGGUCAGCGAAUUAUGUGCAGGCGGUGAGCUCUACGAUUAUCUAGUCGAGAACGAGGUCCUAGCUGAGCCAGAGGCGCGAAGAAUCUUUGGUCAGCUCUGCCUUGCUGUUGCCUACGUCCAUAGCAAGGGGAUCGUUCAUCGAGAUCUCAAGCUCGAAAACAUUCUUCUUGACGAGCGCUGCAACGUUAAGCUUGGCGACUUUGGCUUUACCCGCGAGUUUGAGCGAAAACGUCUCAUGGAGACCUUUUGCGGUACCACAGGCUAUGCUUCGCCCGAGAUGUUGGCAGGCAACAAGUACACUGGAGAAGAAGUCGAUAUCUGGUCGCUUGGCGUUAUUCUCUAUGCUCUGCUUUGCGGAGCUUUACCAUUCGACGACGAUGACGAGUCUAUCAUGAAGGACAAGAUUCUCCGUGGCGACUUUGAGAUCCCCGACUGUCUCUCCGAAGAGGCGCAGAGCCUCAUUGCUUUGAUUCUUCAGCACGAGCCGUCAAAGCGUCCGAGCAUCGAGACUAUUCUUGCCCAUCCCUGGUUCACCAAGACCAUGGCCCAAUCGUCCAUGUCAACAGUCGAAGAGGACGAAAACGCCCUCGACUAUUUCGACAGUCGGCCGCUCGCUUCAACCUCACAGCUCAAUGAAAGCGCUCCAGAACGAGAGCCAGUGGACGCCGCCGCCGCCGAUGCAAUCGCCACAACGAAUAAGGACGCCAUUGGUCACGCCAAUGCUCGAUCGGAUCACCUGGCUGCGACACAUCAGCAUCAUGCUUCAGCAUCUGGAGUCUCAGAGGGCAGUUACUACUCUGCUCGCAGCGGUAGCGAGUCAAGUGACAGACGCUCUUCCAACACAGACCUUACUGAUCCGACUACUGCCGACACUCUGAGCCGUACAGACGAAGUAUCUGGACUCGAUGAUCUUACAAACACCAAUUGUGACCCGUUCAACAAAAACCCGCUGGCCGCAGCUUCGAUAGGAGCCUCCGCAUCCUCCUCCCAACCCAACAAGGAGACCAUUGGCCUACAUCGCAACGAGUCACAAACCACCAUCAGGCGUUUAGGCUCCAACGGCAGCGAUGCCUCUCUCGGCGCUGUCUCGAGACCCUCGAUCAAGUCCACUUCAAUGUCUUUACCAACUCAUCACGAGCUGCCAACAAGCUCAGAUGGCAAGUCGGGCGAUCUAUACAUGCCAAUGUAUCAAUCGGUCCCACUUGUCAAGAGAGGAUCCCAAAGCUCCUCGCGUGGUCAUCAUCGAACACCCUCCAGGACCAAGCGCCGUUCCCUCUCCUCUUCAGGACUUUCAGAUCAUCACCCGCCAUUGCUCGGUCGCAAGCCAGUCGACUACGUCUCUCAGCUGGCCCAUCUUCAACCUGCCACCUUCUGCACAGCUGUAGAGCAGGACUUGCUCCAUCAACUCAGCACCCUUGGCAUUGACGUCGGUCAAAUGGUCCACAGUGUUAUGACGGAUGCCUGCGACACGAGCGGCGCCAUGUGGUGGAUGCUUCUGCGCAAAGCCAAAGAUUGCCAAGCACAGCAGCCUCUCGGCACCGUGCCCGCCACCGAAAGCGUCCAAGCAAUCAUGGAGCAGCCAGCUUUAGCAGCGACAACGAUGUCCAGCAGGACAGAUCAAGGUAGUGAGGUAUCUCACUUGGAUGGUGUUCCUCCGCCCCCGGUGCCUGUCAAAGACCCGGCAAGACGUUCCGAGGAUCGAUCUCGAUUAAAGGAAAGGUCUCGCGCUUCCUUGACAGCUUCCAAAUCUGAGAACACGGGCCUCUCAGAGAGUGGCUACCGCCGCCUGCAGACUGUCGUCUCACAUGAGGUCCUCGACGUCUCAUCAGGUCACUCUCUACAAGCCUGGGCUUCGGGAGCCGUGAUUGGAACCGCACCAGCCGUACUGCCUGUGUCAUCCGCGUCGAUAUCGGAACUGCCGGUCUCGGCGUCGGUCUUCUCAACACCACCGCCACGCAAUGAUCGAAGCUUGACCAGCACGCCCGAGUCCACGAGUUCGCCGCGACCCAAAUCCCAGCAUCGCCACACCACCGUAGCCUCGAGUCCGUCCAAGCUACAUCAAAUGGCGAGCAGCUGGGUAGGCGGCAGUCCGACGUCAGAAUCCUCGAAAGGCCGACGCAACUCGCACGCAGAUCGUCCUCGCAGCAACUCGUUGUCAGUCAAGCAGCUCGCACAGAGCGUCCUGGGCACCAAAGACAAGGCGCAAGCCACUCCACCCUCCACGCAGCCUCUUGAUCAAGUCAUCGUCGCAGGCGAGGCGCUGCCGAUGGAGAGGGCAAAGAGCCCAACUCUCUUUGGCCGUCGGAACACUGUCUCCAACGUCAAAGACUCUAUGGUUGGUCGGCGUUCGAACCCGUCGACGCCAAAGAAGGCCACGGCAGAAGUCGUUGACAAGCCCCGUAAGAGCAUGGGCAAGAACAGUAUCGAGACUGACCUCGAUCGAGUCAAGACGCUCGAUCGUAGCGUUAACUCUGCUUCAAGCUCGCCUUCACGAUCUGGACUUUCGCUUCAACCGGCAUCGGCAUCAACACUCACUGCCGUCACCCCUGCAUCUGAAAAGAAAGAUGCUGCUGUGCCAUCGGCGUCCCAAGACUCGUUCAGUACCUUGUCGAACGUGCCGAGGGGAAGCGAGAAGAGCGGCGCACGAGGCAAAGCCAGUUCUUCGUUCAUGGCGACGGUGAGGACAUGGCUCGGCGGCGCAAACGAAAAGCCGACACGCAAGUCCAAGGCAGGAAAGAAGGGCGCAUCCCAUCGUGGUCUGGGGAUUGAUGACGGCACGAGCGCCGGAAGAUCACCAACAAGCACGCUAGGAACAUCAGGUAGCGUGCCGACACUCGUAAAUGGCACGCCCUCGCGCAGUCCCAGCAUGCGCCGCAAAUCGGCCCACUACCAGCAGGCGUCUGUUGUAAGACGUGGUGGGCCCCGGAGCCCUCAUUUGGGCAGCAUGAGCCGGCGAUCUUCCAACGGUAGCUCGCAUCAUGGCCACCUUGAUCUGCCUCCCAACAGCUUCUCGCAGAGCAUGAGUCGCCCGGGCAACAUGAGGAGGAUGAGCGCAGGAAGCAUCACACCAACAGCCACCCUGUAUGGCGACUAUGUGAACGACAUUGGGGGCGCAGCUGCUUCCUCGCGACAUAGUCGACCUUCGAGCUCGCAUUCGCUUGCGCGCUCCAAUGCUGCGCCUCGCUCUGGCCUUCAUGGCAAAGCCGACUCCACUGGCAGCACGAGCUCAGUGUAUCGACCCGGUCAAGCCAGUAGCGCUUACUCCACCGGAAGUGGACGCCGACACCCGAGGCCGAGCCAUGAUGGAGGCACGACAGUACGACGACAUCGAGCCUAUGCCUCUUCGUCCGGCAGUCCCAGUCGUCGCAACUCAUUCCGACACGACUCCCGGCCCUCAUCAAUCAAAUCGCGUGCCUCUUCGCCCAGUCGUGCUAUGGUCGGGCUCAGUGAAUUUGGUGUUGAUACUGAAGUAGAUGGUGAUCUGAAUGGAUCCGGCGCAAGAAAAUCCACCCGCAGCACUCCUCGUCAUUCCCUUGAGCUUCGCAAUCUUUCGGACUCUCGCAAGACCAGCGACACUCUCGAGCCAAUCCAUCCGCAGCACCAUCAGGUCGUGGCCCAGAGCAUCUUUGUGGCUCACAAGUCGCGGUCGCCGUAUCGCCCGCCUUCUGCUAACUCACAUCUGCAUGGCAGUCUGACUCGCGGGCAGCCGCAGGCCAAUGUGAGAGCUGUAAAUACGGAUAAUUCAGUUGCUGCUGUACCAAGCACUUCGACAGGACUUCCAGCUACAGGUACGGGUACAUGGCGACAUUCUUGGGGCAGACCACCGCCUUGUUGGGCCGGCCCCGUGGAUCCACCGCCAGCCGAAAGCGAGGGCGGCGGCACGGCAGGUCUUGGAGACAGCAACAAGCCCAAGCUUCGUGAUGUGUUCGCGCACCGCGAUGACGAUGAUUGGACGGACGAAGACGAAGAGCCCUCCUACUCUGGCGGUCUGGGCCAGAUGGGCUCUUUGUCUUCCAUGACCAAUAACGCAGAACGUAACUGCACUGCAGCGUCUUCAUCUCCUUAUGCCACGCGCAAUUUCGCAGCUCUCGGCAGCGGCCAAGGCACUGGCAAUCUUAGCACAGAUUCUGCUGUGAGUGCUUUCCGUGGUGCCGCACCUUUCUCAGCACGCUACGCUGGAGUGCGGAACAUCUUCCAGAAUCAGCAAUCAGGGCCGGGAUCUGGGUUCAGGUCAUCUCAUCAUCCAGUGUCAUUAAGCUUGGGCAACGAAUUUAUGCCGAAGCUACUGUCUGCUACUCUGCAUUCCCCGACCACGUCUCAACCGCCAGGGGUUAGCCUUGGAAGUGUGGCUGAGAGCGCAGCGUCGACAACUGCUGGUAAUGCUACAACAACAGGAUCAGGAAAGACGGAUUCACCCACGCAACAGAGCCAACAGCAAACAGGAAGCAGAAUCACAGGAACCUUCCACAAACCCGUGCAGAUCAUUGAGGAGGAGGAAGAGGAGGAGGAGGAGGAGGAUGAGUGA